GCUUUAAGAAACUCAUAUAAACACGUGAAAGAAGAUGACGAGAUCUAGAUCAAGAUCACCACGAUGGAAACCAAGGUCCUUAUCUCCAGCAUUUAGGAUUCCAGAGCACUACAGACAAAGGCAUGCUCAUAUUAAUUAUGACUGUGAAUAUAAAAGCUUUCGUAAGGACCCAAAGAAGCCUAUGCCUUGGAGAACGGAAGAUGAAAAAUAUGGACAAAGCAAUUCCAGGUUUGCACCUCAUGGAAAUAACCACCAGAGACUAUAUGAACGUCGAUCACCUUCACCAAACCUGAAAAGAAUUCCCAUGGAAGAUAAUUACAGUCAUAAGCCCUACAGAACACAUUCAUCCGAAAGGACUGAAGGCAAUAGGAGAUGCCAGUUACCACCAAAAUACUCGGAAAUACCAUAUAAAGAGCAUGAUCGUCCGUUUUACCAACACAAAAUGGAAGACAGAUACAUGUUUGAGCACUACAAAGUCACUGGAAAUGAGAAAGGAAUGAAACCUUUUCAUAGACCGUUAGGGGCUUCAUGUAAACUUGAAAGAAAAUGGCAUGAAGAUGACUUGAGGCACCAGAGGUUACAUGAAGAGAAGUAUGGUCAGUCACCCAGAAGAGUUUCUGAUGAAUUUACGGCAAGGAGCUCUUUACAGAAGAGGUAUCCUGAAGAUCACGAUUACAGAGAAUAUGGGCACACGUCUAAAAGGGCUAAAGAAAUCGAGAGGUAUGACGGUGGAGAAGUAGCAAGAAAUUCCAAGUGGAAGCAAGAACGUUCUUUUCCACCCUACCAAGAAAAGGAGGAGCAAAGAAAUCUGGGUGCCCAGUCCCACCGAUCGGCUGAAAGGGAGUACUCGGAGGGUUCUGUUACAAAGAUAUCCUAUGAGUACAGUCACAAACGGCGCAGGCAUCUGGAUGGGGAAAAGGCUUUUUCAGACGAUAGAGCUCAGAAGUACAUGAAGCAGGAAGACCAGAAAUACCAUUCUUCUAAGGGUGCCCGGAAUAGCAAAGAGUUAGAUUACUUUAGCAGUGGAAGAGUGAGACGGACUGAAGAAGGGCACAUCGAAGUACCUGUUAAAUAUAGUUCAAAGAAGGGCUGCAAUGCUUGUGUUAACUCUUCCAAAAUGGAUGUUGAUCUGAGAUCUUUUAAAAACAAACCGAAGGAAAGAGUAAGGAAAGAAGGGGAAUUCAGGAAAAAAGUAGAUUCCUCCAAUAGCCAGCAUGAUUCAAGUCAUACUGUUUCAGAUGUGAAAAUGUCAGAUGUCAGCUGUAGGAGGGAACGUCUCACAAUCAAAGUGGAUAUGAAGAAAAUGGUGACCAAGUACAGGACUGCUUCUAGUCAUACUACAGAGAGACAGAUGUCCCAUGAUCUGGUUGCUGUUGGCAGGAAAACUGAAAACUUUCAUCCGGUGUUUGAGCACAUGGAAUCUGUAACACAAAAUGUUGAAAAUGACCCAUCAAGAGAAUUUACUCAGGAAAUAAUCACAAUUAUUCAUCAAGUUAAAGCAAAUUAUUUUACAUCUUCUGACAUAACUCUGCAUGAACGAUUCUCAAAAAUUCAGGAUAAACCAAUUACAAAUAUGAAUGAAGUUAAAAUACGUUUGGAUCCAGAAAUUCACAGGAGGAUUGACAUGUCUUUAGCAGAACUUCAGAACAAACGAACCGUGCCACCUGAAUCUCCCCAGAACAUUAUGAGAGUGUUAGAAGAUCCAAAUGAUCUACGGCAUGAUAUAGAAAGGAGGAGAAAAGAGAGAUUGAAGAAUGAAGAUGAGAGAGUGUUUCGUGUAGAUGGUGUAACUCCAAGGAACCAGCAAAGCUGCAGUCUUUCAAAAUUACAAAGCUCUCAACUUGAUGGGUUCCAAAAGCCUAUGAGGUUCACUAAGCCACCUUUCAGGAAAUUUAUUGGGAGACCUCACCUGGUAAGCCUAAAUGUAGAAUUAGUAGCUUCUGCAUUUGUUGUUCUCACGCUUAUAGUUCAUUUUUUUGCUGUAUUGUCUAUGCCAAUGUAA